UGACAGCAGUCUUGAUGACACCAUGGAUAACACAUACACAGAGCAAAACAACACGAUGCAGCGCUAUAAAACACCGACACACACAUGCAAAGACACAAAGAGGCACAGCGAGCGGAGAGGCUUUCUACCUGAGAGACACUUUCUACCUGAGGCUUACCUGAACCAUGGGCGUCAUCAUCUCACACAUUUUUUCCAGACUCUUCUCCAAGCAUCCCGUCAGGAUUUUGAUGGUGGGUCUGGAUGCUGCAGGUAAAACCACCCUGCUGUACAAACUGAAGCUGGGCGAGGUCGUCGCCACCCUCCCAACUAUUGGUUUUAAUGUGGAGACUGUGGAGUAUAAGAACAUCAGCUUCACAGUUUGGGAUGUUGGUGGUCAGACGAUCAUCAGGCCGCUGUGGAGACAUUACUACACUAACACACAGGGUUUGAUAUUUGUGGUCGACAGCAACGACCCGGAGAGGAUCAAAGAGGCAUCUGAGGAGCUGCACACACUGUUGCAGGAGGAUGAGCUGAAGGGCGUGGCCGUGCUGGUCUUUGCUAACAAGCAGGAUUUACCCAGAGCCAUGUCGGUCAGUGACAUCAUCGAGGCCCUGCGUUUAAAUGGAGUGUCACAGCCGUGGUCCGUCCAGCCAUCCUGCGCCGUCAGCGGCACUGGUCUGGUUGAAGGUCUGGACUGGCUCUCUAAUGAGAUCCUGAAACGGUAGCAGACAUCAGGGUGACGAGGAGUUCUGCUGUACUUUGUUUGUUGAGUCUUCUGUCUUCUGUGAACUGAGGUGAGCGGUGAAUCCAGAACCAGCGUGAAGGAUCCUUUGCAACUGUUAAAUCGGCCUCAUCACAAAGACAUUUGACGGGAAAUGCUGUCACUCAGAGUUCUAAAAGAAACUUAAAAACAGGAGAUAAAAGUCUAAAUGGGGCUAAUUUUUCAUGAAUUUAAAAUGACCUGUGAUGUUUUAUUAACUUUCAUUUUUUUAAUCACUUUUGUUCAAACUUUCUGAGACAACACAAGCUGCUUUAAAACUGCCUCCACAGGACACACCAGAAUGGUGUUUUUAUUUUUCUCAUCUAUCAGACUUACUUUACUUACUGAUGUAGUACGUAAGUUCUCGAAGGUUAGCAUUGUCUCAAAUGGACUACGAUGAGUUUUAUUCUUACCACAAAUGACAUUUGAAAUGCUUAAACCACAUUUUAUGAACAGCUGCCAGAAGUUGUGCCUUUGAUCGUUAAAUUCACUACACGUGCCAAAUAAUGCCCUAACACGUGUUAUGUUGUUUUUACCUGCAAAAAACUCAGUGCUGCUCUUUCUUAGCUAGCCGGCACCGUCAUCAUCAUCACAAUGAAAAUUGUUUAGCAGUCCCUCUGAUGCAGCCAGUCAUGUGAACCCAGCUGUGCACUCCAAAUAGUGAUUGUAAAUAUGGACGAACGAGACCAAAGAUAUAAAAGAAUUGUAUAUCUACUGUUAUAUCUCUGAUAGACACAGCAUAGAUGGACGUCACCCAUUGGUUAAUGAAAUACCGCUGUGAAGCCUCAAGAUUUGUUUGUUUUUUGGUUUUUUUGCCAUCACCAAAUUGUUGUUUUGAAACAAUCAGGUCAUUGGACAAUAUCUUGUCAAUCACAGUGAUAGCCUGGCUCUUAAAAUGACCAUAAUUAAGUAAAUUAAUGACUGUUUUAUUGAGUAUGACCCGAAACCAGACAUCAUGAAAGUGUUUAGUGGGGUCAGGGCAGAGGGAUGUUCUUGCAUAGAUUUUGUAGGACAAGCAGUCAUUUUGCAGCCACAGGUAUCGCCCCCUGGUGGCUUUUACAUUUACUUAAAAACUGUGAGGGCGCCACUGUUCAGUGAAGCCACCAUUUUUUACAUGGGUUGGCACGUGGAGGACAAAAGACAUUCAAAAUGCUGAUGGGAAACUUUAGAAAAGACCACCAAACCAAACCAUGUAAAACGUGGUUAAAUUCACUCAGUUAUAAUGAUUUUAACUGUGAACAGACCUCAUUUGUGAUUUGUUCCCCAUUUACAAGCUGUGGCCUUAAUGUAGACACGAGUUGCCUUUAGUUUAACUGAAGAAGGAUUUUCUAUCUCUGAGUGUUUUCUUUAAAAAAUUUAAAGGCACAAGGAGGUGAAAUUGAUCAGAACUUUAGGAUUUUUUUUUAAAGAAAAUUCAAAAUCGUGCACUUUAUUUGAUCAACAGAAGACUCUGAUGGUCCCUCUCGGCUUCCUUAUAACUUUCAUUAUUGUAAAAAAAAAAAUUUAACUGCACUGUUUUUCUUUAUCAUUUUUAUCUCAGGUUAUUUCUUCUAAUUGAUUUCAUUUAUUUCACAAAUGAACUGUUGGAGUUGUUUGUCAUUGUAGCAGAAACACAUGAUUUAGUGGUUAUUUAUGAAACAUGACUGUGAUGUUGAAACUUGGUGUAUGAGGUAAAAUUCUGGGUGAAUGUUUCUAUUACGGUGUUUCUGUAGCAUUGUGGCUAUUGUUAUUUUUCACA